AAUAACCUGAAUUCCAUCCAGAAUCCAAACCAUCGGGCCUCGCCUCAGUUGGAAGUCACGAACAGGGCUAGCGACUCCAUCGUCUUAACUGCACAAAGCAGACAAUCAUCGUCCCUGCUGCUGCUCAAACCUGCAAGCUAGCUUCUCUCUCCUCGUCAACUAUACCUCUAUGAUAGAAUCGUCAGAGACUGAUAUCGCACAACCCACUCGCUGGUUUUAAAAAGUGCAGUGGCUGUUGGGAAACCCUUGUGACCGUAUCCUUCGAGAGUCGAGACAGUCGUGCUCGAAUGUGUUUGUUUCAGUAGAGCUUAGCUCUAAAGAACAAAGAAAGCUAGAAUGCAAGGUGGAUUACCAAACGAACAAAUGGAGAUAGUUGAGUCUCACGGUCCUCAAGAUCACAACAUAUGCAACUCCAUUCCUCGUGGUGGACCAAUCUACGUUAUGGAUUGGGUCAGUCCCAUCACCAGACUGAUCGACUUUAAGGCUUCGUUUCUUCAAGAACUCAACAGUUUGGAGGCGGAACUCUCUGCAGAUUCAUCUCAAGCAUGUAAUGAUGAGCUUUCGGUUGAUGAGCUCAAAAUUCUUACGGAGGAGGAGCUAAUGGACAUUGCCUUUGGAGAAGCAUUUAAGGAACGGGAGGAUGACGAGAAUUCAUUCCAACUUCUGGAAGAGUCCUAUAAUGGAGAGAGAAAAGAUCAAAGAAUUUCAAACAAUGAAAUUACACGUUCGGAGAGAAUAGAAAUGAAAAGUAACACUUCGUAUACACCUGAUUCCUUGAAUUGCUCCAUUGUUGUAAAAGGCAAAGGUAACUGUUCUAGCAGGCUUGGUAAAAACAACUCAAAGAGGAGGAAGAAACGGGGAAGAGCCUUUGACAGAGAGAUUCGUGCAGCAGAAUUGGAUAAUGGUUAUAUUGCAAAAGUGGAGCAACUGGCACAAAGAAAGAAAAAACAGGAUGAAGACAAAGCGGCAACUCAAUUACAUUCAUUCAAUGGCAGCUGGAAGAUCAAUGAAGGAACAGUUUCAUCCUUUGAGAAAAUCGAAAGAAUGAAAUCCCUUAGGUCAAUGGCCUAUGUAACAAAGGUGAAGUCAUCAAGCAUACAAGAAUGUGUUGCAGUUUCAAAUCCGGAAGUCAUUCUCUGUAUUGAGAUAUACCACGGCCUGAGAAGUUUUGUGAAGACCCAAGAGCUCUUGGUCCUAGGACAGCAAACCCUUACAGAACUGAGGGAUAGCAUAUAUUGCUCAACCGACCAGGUGAUGCAAAAAGCAGGGCAGCAUGAUCCUUCUGGAUAUUUCCUCAUAGAAGACGUAUUUUGCAAUGAUUUGAGAGAUCCCUCUGCUAUAGAUUACAGCAAACCCAUAUUUGAUUGGCUUAAAAACUGUGAGAAAGAAGCACUUGAGAAAUGGGAAUGCAUCAUAGCAGGUGGAUCAGAACAAAAGCGAAAUUCAUUGUUGGGCAAGGUUCCUACCCCUGACUUCCCUCAUUUUAAAGCUGUUGACAUGCAUAAGACUCGCUUCUGUGACCUGGAGUUUCGGCUUGGUGCUGGUUAUCUAUACUGUCACCAGGGAGAUUGCAAGCAUACCAUUGUGAUUAGAGACAUGAGAUUGAUACACCCGGACGAUGUACAAAACAAGGUUGCUUAUCCACUUCUCACAUAUCAAUUGAAAACCCGUUGGCAGAAAUGUUCAGUAUGCAAGAUUUAUCUUGCUACAAAGGUGACGGUGGACGACAAGUGGGCCCAGGAGAAUCCUUGCUAUUUUUGUCAUAGUUGUUAUUAUCUUCUGCACUAUGAUGAGCAGGGGAAGCUGUUGUAUGAGUUCACCGUGUACGAUUAUAACCCGGAAUAAUUAUACGAACUAUUUGAAUAUUUAAACCUUCUCUUCCCAUGUGUUCACGUUUGGAUAAGUCUGCAUGUCCUUGUCUAUUAAACAAGCUGGAAUUCUAUACUACCAUCUCAGGUCCAAAAAGAGAUUAGGUUGGUGUAACGAGACUUACAUACAUUGUGUCUUCUUCCCUAGUCCAAAUGUUGAAGUUUCUCGGUAAUA